GUGGCCAAAUUCGGUGCAGUGAACAUCCUACAUUCUGCUGGCGUUGAAUAUUACUUUCCCAAUCAUCCAUUUUCGAAACGAGGGGAGACAUCUUUUUCCCUUCCUGCUGGCUGCAGCCGCUCUCCCAUCCGCCCUUCCGUCACCGUGUGCUUUGAGUUUUUCGUGGCAGCAGUGUGUAGGAACAAAAAGAGCAUUACAGCACCGCGAAGAAACGGGUUCGGGAAUCCUCCGUCCGUGUGAGUCUUUUGGAAUUCAGGAUCCGGAAGUGCUCGAGUAGAGAAGAAGCAGCAUCGGAUUUAGUAUCUAAAGUUCGAGAUUGCUGCCACUUCUUCCACCUGAGGAAGCUAGCCGCAUUGGAAUGGAACACCAUAGUAGUGGCACUGGAGGCUGGCAGAAUCGACCGGAAGCGAGUCUGAAUCCGCUGAGGACUCCCAAAGUUUUGAGCCUCUCGGUGAACGCUCCGGAGUUUGUCCCGAAGAAAACUGUACCCCCUCAACAGCAGCAACCACAUCAAUCACAAUACGGUAGCGGUGUACCGCAGCAGCACCAUCAACAGCAUCGCUACCGAGGGGACAAUAACGGAACGACAGGAGGAGGAGGCGGCGGCGGCGGCGGUGGUGGGACAUACAACAUGGUGUCCGUUGCUUCACACUACCCACCAGUGGACACCGGCAAUGGAGCCAUUGUCAACGGAACGGACAUAGGCAUAGGAAAAUCGGGGCUUGCCGAUCGGCUAAAAAAUCUUCAGAUGAACAAUUCGGGACCCCAGCAGCAGCUAGGAGGACACAGUAACUACAGUGAUAAUAAGGAUAUACGUAACUCCUCGCACUAUAACCACCACCAGCAUCAGCAACAUCCGAACCAACACUAUCCUCAACAUUCUCAGCAGCAGCGUCUCCAGCAGCAUCACAUCCAUCAGCAGCAACAGCAGCAGCAGUCCCAUCUUCCGCUGCACCAGAACGUCGGUGGUUCAACCUAUCCGUUCGGGGGAUACUCGUCGACGGCACUCAACAAUCACCUGCACCAUCCGAUGCUCGGUGGAAUGGCAGCAGCGGCCGUCCAUCAGGCCAGUGGGCCCGGCGGCGGCGGCGGUGGUGGUGGUGGCAUGAUGCAACAGCAGCAGCAGCACGACAAUAGGAACAAGAACAACUCCCUACUGAGGUCGAGGUUACAGAAUGCGCAAAAUUCUCAUAUGCAGCCACAUCACCACAACCAGCAGCAACAGCAUCACCACCAGCAACAUCAUCACCAGCAGCAUCACCAUCAGCAUCAGCAGCAUCAUCAUCAACAGCAGCAUCACGGGAUGCACGGUGGAAGCAAUGAUUUCGGGGCUGAUGGCGAUUCUGAUCAGAUUUCUGAGAACGAAACCUUCGCGCUGGACUACCUGACCGAUGUGAUUGCCGAGCUGUACGACAAUCCGGGCAUGUUCGAUAGCAUUCAGCGAAAGCUGAAGGGUACCUUUGCCGAGUUCCGGAGCAACCAAUUCGUGCUGAGCAACGCCGUGGAAUUACUCUUCGAGCAGUCAAUCAAGGAGCAAAACUUCCGCUACAUGGGUGCUCGUCUAUGUAAACUGCUGGACAGCCUGGACGAGAACCCGAAGAGCGUGCUGCGGCAACUGCUCACCAUGAAGAUGACCCACCAACACUCGGAACUGCAAGGCUAUAUGACCAACGAGCAGAUCAAGGUUCGCGGUACGACACUCUUCCUGGCUGAACUGUACAUGCAGCUGAGGAAACCGAAUGACUUACAACGGAACGGCGAAAUCGCUAUGCGGAUCAUCGCCGCUACCAAAGUCCUUCUGAGUAAAGAAGGCCCAGAGAACAUCAAAUGCGUCUGCCAAUGCUUGAAGCUCUGUGGAUUCGAACUGGAGCGAGACUGCCGCGAUCACCUGAUGGAAAUCCUGGAAACGCUGGGCCAAAUGGAGGGAUCGACCGACAACUCGACUGGACGUUUCAUCCGCUCGGUUCUCGAUCUGCAGCAAAAGUCCUGGGGUCGCAAUGAGGAAGUUGUUCCCGUCGUUCAACCGCCUCACAAUGAGCCCACGGCGGCUGACGAAUUCAACGAUAGUCCCGUUUUCUAUGGCCCUGAUGGCCAGGUCAUGACGGAGGAGGAAAACGAUUUCCUAGAAACGGCCGCCCCUGUCGCUUUCGAGGAGUAUGACGACGAGGAAGGCGACCCUGACGAUUUGGUGGACGACGAAAACAUGGACCUGGAAAUCAAGCUGGCAUUUAAGGAGUUCGUCACCGGAAACAACAACCGACAGCCAUACUAGCCGUUGGCGGCGGCUUCGGCUGUUGCGCCGCCACCGACUGCAGCUGUGUCAGUUGCCAACGGUCACCACCACCACCACCACGUGCGAUUGUACCAGCAUCCCAAUAAGUAAAGUAGUUGCAACAGCAGCAGCAGCAGCAAAAAAAACAACAUUCAGAUUCAGUAAGGAGUAUCCUAUUUUUAUCUAUAUUUAGUUCUAAGCUAAACCGUAACGAAGUAAGCAAAUGAUUCAGAACUUUUCCGAGUGCCGCCCCCUCCUAGGAGAGGUGAGAGAGUGGAAGCGCUGCCAGCCAGCAUACAAGCAAAUCGAAGUAGUAAUCGUAGAGAUGAGCAGAGCGAAGAUGAGCACAAUAUUUUACACCUAUUCCCGAAAAUUGGCUGUGGAAGAAUGACGGCACGUGCAGAGUCCUACUUAAAACUUAGGCAGGAAAAAGCAAACCAUUCUAUAUUAACCCAAUCAUGAACCAUCCGUGAGUUGAGAGCAGGCAACUUCCAUAUCCAAUGAUCUUCAGUAAGUACCGAUUUUUUUUGUAUCUUUAUUUUUUUUGUGGAAGAGAUUUUAUGUGAUUUUUGUCAGUGUAGGCUUCAAUUGAGAAAUGAAAUUAUACAAUAAACAGAAAACUUAUACUCAAUUUCCAAGUUGGCAGUUAGUUUCCCCCACAAAUCCUGAAUCACCCUACCUACUGCAAGCUACUAUCUGUUCUGUAUCUUUAACGAUCUCGGUCCGCGUUAGAUUUUCAAGCCCUUUCAAUUGUUCCAAAUUCCAAAGAAAAAUGCAUGCAUACUACAACAACAAAUCGUAGUGAAUAGAGUUAACUGCCGUCAUUUGUUGAACGAAAUUUCGCGUGAUAUUGAUCAAUCAUGAGUAUAUUUCAGAAAAAAAAGCGCUUAACAAUGUAAAAGAAGUCAAAUGUGUUAUGUUUUCGCGCGUGUGUAAAGCUAAAAUUAUGCAAUAAACCCUAACAAAAAGGACGAAAAUGACAAACACACACACACAGGACAGAUAGAGCAGGUAUAAUAGGUGAGAUUACCCGGCGAUACGAUCCACAGGAAAUGUGACUGGACAGUUGUACUAGGUACUAACAACCGAGUCAUGCCUAAGUGACUACUUAAUCUCUAGUAGGAAAACGAAGUUGAACAGAAUGAAUUCAAACAAAAAUACAAGGUGUGACAAAUUAUGAUGGACAGAUGGAAAUAAUGUUGCAAUGUUCACAGUGAAGAUACUGAUGAAAAUACACAGAAAAAAAAGAAAUAAAAUGUUUAUCAAUAAUGCAA